AUGGCUACUCUCACGUUUCCCGAUGUCACCGUCAUUCGUGAUGGAGACUUUCUGAACAAUUUCAACUUGAAGUUUGUGCGUGUCCUUGCCAAGAAGAAGAAUUCGCUAGUUUUGGAAGCUUCCAUGAAGAACGACGACUCCAUUCGUAAGGCAAUCAAGAAGAUCCCUUACCUGGACAGUAAAGGACGACAUCGAGGUCUCGAGGACAGCACCGAGGAGUUGACCAUCAUGCACAACGUUCAGCACCCGCACCUCAUGAAGAUGGACUGGGUGGUCACGUGUGACAGCUUCCUGGCUAUCUAUAUGCCCCUGUGUUCUCAGGGAUCUUUGGAUGGAUUGCGUCAGUCGCUCCAAUGGGACCAAGUGGAACGGGUUUUCGUACAAACCGCCUGUGCCCUGAGAUAUCUCCACGACCAGCGCUGUGUACACGGGGACGUGAAGCCAGACAACAUCUUCCUAGACGCCUCCGGCAACGCCAUCCUCGGAGACUUUGGUUGUUCUCAGAUCUUACCUGAUGGAGAAAACACCGUGAGUCGCUGGAGAGGAACUCUGGGAUACCAUGGACCUGAGUUUUUCCUUGGUUACAAAUUCGACCCUUUUCUGAUGGACGCAUACGCACUGGGAGCCACGCUGUGGUCUCUGGUUUUCAGACUCAAACCAGCAGACCUGGAUCUACUGGACGUUGUGAGGAAUUUUUCUCUGCCCGAAAUGUUCAGAGAAGUUCUGAAAGGACUUUUGCGCGGAGAUCCUCAGAAGCGACUGUCUGUUCCCGGCCUCUUGGAGUUCUUGUCUACUCGUGAGAAGCUCAGGGGAAUUAUGGAGGGUUUGUGAGAAACACGGACCUUUGGUAGUCGCAACCUUUUUUCUUUCUAUUAACUAAUUUGAUACUAAUUUUUCUUUCCUACUAACAGUAAUAGCACAACCCAACACCGAGCUCUUUUAAAUCUCGCUGACUUAAUUUUAAUUACAGUUUUGGUACCAUUAAAAGCAAUAACAUAUUUUUUUUAAAGAUUAACCCGAACACUAACAAAUUAAAAAAAAACCUUUUUAAUUGACACUAGGUAUAAAGUAACCAAUAUUAAGUAAAUGUACUCCACAAACUAAAAAACACUAAAUUAAAUACACUUCAAAAACUGAUUAGGAAAAGAACACUGAGUAAUCAAAACUAACUGUAACAUAUUAACUGAUCAAGAAUAAUUAUACAACACUAACUGGAUUACGCUAAGAAAGACCAGCUAGCCAAUGCCAAAACACUAGCUAAGCAUCAUUACACCUUAUCUAACAAAGUCAAGUUGUAAAUUAAAUAUUACUAGAUUUAAAUUUAAGGAAAAACAGACUAAAAAGUUAUUCAGAAAAGAGCUUAAGUAAUGAAUACUAACUUUAACUUAACAAUAUUAACUAAUCAGCAAUAACUAUAAAACCAUAACUGAAUAACGCUAACUAUGAAAUACCAGCUGGCCAAUUCUAAAACACUAGCUAACCAUCAUUACACCUCAUUUAACAAACUCAAGUUGUAAAACAUUAGCUGUCUCCAUCAACCACUGACAAACUGCGCCCACUACUAACUUAUCAAUGCCAACAAUUAAAGAACACAUAUUAACCGCUGAUAAACCAAAAUCAACCUCUAACUACCCACCAUUAACCAUUUUAACAACCAUUUUAAUUACUAACUUACCAACACUAACCACUAACUAACCAACCCUAACAACUAAUUAACUAACACUAACUCCCCCAGACGUGAGCGCUCGGUAGCGCCGUCUUUUUAA